AUGAGUGUCAAACAAUCUGAAGAAAAAAUUCAUCUAUCAAAUAUCGAUCAAGUAGCAUCCUUGUUACCUUUAACAUCGAGUUCUACGAUUGGAUUAGAGUUUUUAAGAACAAUUGAUCAAUUGUAUGUGAGCCAGCGUCCUUCAUUAAGUGAAGUUAUAUUUGGUAUUGCAUCUGAAUCGAAAUUUGAUAUUUAUGAUGAUAAAAAUGUGCGAAUAUUACAAGCUUUGGAAACUUCAACAUUUUUUCAACGUUUCUGUUGCACAUCCAAACGAUGUUUUCAAUUGAACAUUAUGGAUAAUAAUAAUCAAAAUAUUAUGCUUAUUAAACGUGAAUUCAAAUGUUGCUCAGGAUGUUGUUGGUGUGCUGGUGCACAAUGUUGCAGUCAAGAAGUGACAGUUGAAUCACCACCUGGAACGUUCAUUGGUACUGUAUCACAACAAGGCAGCUAUUUUCGAUCUAUAUUUGCGAUCAAAGAUGAACAGGACAAUCAUAUUCUUACUUUACGUAGUCCCCUUGUAAUUUGUGAUGGGGGAUGUAGUUGUUGCUGCGAAAAUAAAUUUGUCUUGAUUGGUACAGAUGGAGAAACUGAAAUCGGUGCUAUUCAUAAAAGAUAUCGUGGAUACCUUCACGAAGUAACAACAAGUGCCGACGCAUUUUCCCUAACAGUUCCGAUGGAUCUGGAUGUCAAAAUCAAAGCUCUGUCACUUGCCGCCCUGUUUCUUAUUGAAUAUAUGCUGUUUUCAGUUGUUUCAAAGAAUAAUUAA